AUGGAGUUGCAGAGGCUCGCAGAUCGAGAUGCUGGUCGUUCCGUGUGUUUUGACCUGUUGAAACAGUGGAUCUCUAACACCUUUCACCGGCAGGUUCAGGACACUUGCCCUCCAGGAUGUGCUUGGCAAAGCUUAUCGAUGGCCUGCAGGGCAAGCGGAUGCCACAUUCAGACCGGUGAGGAUUUGGAGACUACCUUCCGGACAGUGUUGGUCCAGACUUAUGCCAGUUUUAAGGGAGCACAACUCGAGGCCCUUCUCGAAGCGAAACUCGCAGACGAGCUCUCGUUCUUCCAUUGUGCCAGAUACUCGCUUGAAAGAGCAAAAGACUACUGGAAAUGGUACCUGUACUGCCUGACGUUCCACAGCAGGGACUUUUCUGCGGAUGGCCAGUGUUGGAACAAAUACCCGAGAAGCACGACGGUGGUGGCCCGGAUACCGUUGGACAUCGUGGACCUCGCUCUGCUUGCGAAAUUUCUGAAAGCGCAGAUCACGGUGUCCAGGCUGAAUCAGCCGGCAUUGCGUCUACCCCCUGCAUCACCCGGUAUGGAAGCAGUCCACUGUCUACAUGUCGUGGUGCACAAAGGCCUUUGGGCUCCGGUUCUAUCAACUCUGGAUUGGGUGUCCUGUCGCAUCGAUAGGAGCGCUCGCGUGGGGAGUGUAGUAGAAAUCCACGACAACGUGCCCUCAGACCUUGAGGGCUUUGCAGGCUUGCUUGCUUGCGUGAAUUCCUUCGACGAGGUCUCUGGUUGCUACACAGUUUGCAAUGGCCUCCACAAGAUUCCGCUACACAGUACGCAGAUACGGCGUGUUCUGAGCCGUUCGACUGACCUGAUUCGGCGAUCCACUGAAGUUAGCCACGAUGCUGCGCUGGGGAUCCCCUCACGUUGGUAUUUGCCCGGCGAGGCACCGGCCCUGCGUGGCAUUCCCGACUCUUCCUUGGAGUUUCAGCUCCUGUUGCAGAUGGUCUUGGGCGAUGUGGGCAGGCGGCUGCGCAACAUGCGCGAGCGGCUGGCUGGCAGGCCAGUCCGGGAUGAGCCUCCGGCCUUGGAAGAUCCGGCCGCUUUGGGCACGAAGGAGUUCGAACUGCUGCGGCACCGGCCGCCAAAUCCUGGAGAGCCCUGCCCCUCCUGCCUUUCCUUGCCUUCAGUCGAGCAGCUAUUGAAAGGUGGCGCACGCAUUUGGACGCAUUGUCCUAGCUCCGUGAAUGGAGGCCUCUUUCAGCUUAACCGCCAGGAUUUUGUUUGUCUUGUGGCCACCAGCGUUCGUGAAGAUGGCUCCCUCUUCUUUCAAGCCCACACGUCCACCAAUCAGCGGCUGGUGGACAUUCCAGGUGAUUCUCUUUGCUUGUGGAUGGCCACUCAAGAUUUCGAUCCUCCCAUGAAAUGGCGUAACCUGCGACAAUUUCUUCAAGUUUGGCAAGGAGAGUCCCUCGUCAUGAUCGAGCGCCAUAAUAAGUGGGACGGUUGGGGCAAUAUGCGUCGCCUGGAGCAGGAAGGCAGCUGUGUCGGGCUCGUCGCGUUGAAGUAUCUCGUGCCCUAUGUGUGGGUGGGAAGGCUCGAGGUCGCCUAG